GUGAACUUCCAAUAGCCCGCCAUGGUGUAUAGUCUGUGAUUCGCUUGAGUACUUAUUUAUCAAAAUUAUGACUUCAUCAGAAAUAGUGUACGACGACAUCAGCGCUCUACCAAUGAAAUACAUAAGCGAAUUGGACGAGCCGAAAUACCUCAUAGCAAGCGCCAAACUGGGAGACAAUCUGUGUCCUGACACCGAACCCAAUACAAAAUGUGGGGAGAUACUUUUAGAAUAUAAUCAAAAGUUUAUCCUCGUGUGUAUAUUAUGCACGAAUAAUUUCGAGACCUUAGAAGACUUCGGCAAUCAUGUGCGCAGUGAACAUUUGAAUCCUAAGACGUAUACUGAACAGUGUCCUUUGGUGGAGGAGUCGUUUCAGGAGGCUAAUAGCGACGGGGAAGUUUCACAGGAUUCUAAGGAUGACAUUUACUCAGUAGAAUUAGAAUUUUUAAAGGACGAGGACUGUGUAGAUUUGGAAGUAUUAAAUGAAAAAGAGUUCGAAACGCUAAGCGAUGGUGACAUGGAAGCAAACCAAGGCGACCAAGAGCUCGAAACUUUAAGCGAUGAUGAUCAACCGUCCGAUGGAGACGCGGCGCCAAACCAGGACGACCAGAACCUCGAAACCCUAAGCGAUGAUGAACAACCGUCUGAUGAAGAAAUGGAUCAACACCAAGAUGACCAGGACCUUGACGAAGGAGCUAAUGAAUCAUUAGCGUCAUUGAAGCUAGAGAAAAUGUUUUCCUGUACAUUAUGUAACGCGAAAUAUAGACACAAACGGUCAUACUUCGCGCACGCCAGAAAAGAGCACGGUAUCCUUACAAAGCGAAUGAAAGACAAACUGGAAAAGAAAGCUAACGAGGUCCUCCAGAAGGAGGGUGAUAGCGAUAGUGCUGGAAGUGGUCAGAUUUUCUCCUGCAAUUCAUGUAGCAAAAUCUAUCGGCAUAAAAGAUCCCUACGGUUUCAUGUUCUAGCAGUUCAUGGUUAUAAAUGCCUGAGUCCGAUUCCUAACGAAACUCAAUGCAGAUACUGCGGUGAAGGAUUCGAAGGAAGAGAGGAACUAGAAACACAUAUGGAUGAAAAACACUCAGGAGACAAGAAAUAUCCCUGCCCAUUUUGUGAUAGAUACUUUAGUACUCCCAAUGGUCGUCAAACUCACAUUUACAACCACACUGGCGAACGUCCUUAUAAAUGUCCGCAUUGUUCUAAGGCAUUUUCUGUGUCCUCCAAUCUCAAAAAGCACAUAGACGCUCACCUGAAGAUCAAAAAGUAUUCAUGCCAAUUCUGUGGGAAAUUAUUUGUUCAAAGUACCGAACGAAAUAUUCACGAGCAAAGACACACCGGCGACAAACCAUUCCAAUGUGAAGAGUGCGGGAAACGUUUCCUGACACAUACUCAGCUUUUACAUCAUCAUCGACGGCAUCAGAACAUUCGAAAAUUCAAGUGUGAAGUGUGUGACAAAGCGUUCUUUACCUCAACCGCUUUAAAGGAGCAUAUGGCCGGACAUUCGGAGGCUCGGCCAUUCGAGUGUACAGAGUGCGGACAGUGCUUCCCCAGGCGCAAGUCUUUGAGGCAACAUGCAAAUCUCCAUUCGAAAGUGAAAAAGUACGUUUGCAACACAUGUGGAAAGGCGUUCGCUCAAUGCGCCGGACUUUAUUCGCAUAGGAAAACUCAUGGAGAAAUCGUCAAGAGUAAAUCAAAACAUGAGUGCUUGACCAUGGAGUUUCCACCAACAAAAAUGGAUAAUGCAUCACAGUCAACAAAUCGACAACCAGAUGAGGUACUUGUUAAGGAAGAAUUCGAUGUGGAAGACAUUCAGGAAGCGAAAACUCCUCUGAAAUCGGAAGGGAACCAGAUGAUCCUUGCUUCGCCUGAUGCGAAAUGUGGUGAAGUGUUCCUGGGGUGCAAAGGUAGCUUCACGUUUGUGUGUUCAAUUUGUUCCAACUAUUUUGCGGAUUUGGAGGUCUUUGGCACUCAUAUCCGGGACCUGCAUCUUAAAUUCAAUACCGAACUAGGAGGCAAUGCCGGCGAGAAUAGGAUUGUUGAAAGUAUUCGACAGGAUCCCUUGAGUCAUUCACCGUUCAUGGGGAAACCUUGCACAGAAGAGGUUUUGUUGACCAGUACGCCCAUGGAAGAUGAAAAUGGGGAGGAGCCUAAAGUGGAAAAUUCAAAAAUUGCAUAUACAAACGGGGAAAGGAACCUUGAAGCCGAGGAUCGAAACUCACAAACACCAGAUGAAGCAAAGACAUUCAUUUCCUGUAGAUUAUGUGGAAAGACCUACAUACACCAUAGGUCCUACCUUGCACACGCGAGGAAAGUUCAUGGUAUUUUAACCAAACGCAUGAGAAACAAAUUGAGACGUGAAGCUAGAAAAUCGUCACAAGAUACCGUGGUCAGCCCAGAAGUACAAGAAAACCAAGAGGGAAACUCAGUCCAAAAUGAAAACGACGACUCGGUUAUGGCUGAAAAAGAAAAAUUCAGCUGUGCCCUUUGUAAUCGCUCAUAUAAGUACAGAAGGUCGUUGCGAUUCCACGUCAGGACGGACCAUGGUGAUGAAGCGUUAAGUCUCAUCCCCCGACCAAAACCUGUAGAAGAUUUGAAGCCAAUAGAUUCCAUUUACGAGGAAGACGGCGAAAGUUCACCUCUGGAACCAGAGGAAGAUCACCCCUGCAAUCUGUGUAACCGGAUCUAUAGACAUAAAAGAUCUCUGCGCUUCCAUAUUAAAAACGACCACGGAGAAGAGGCGCUGGGUCCGCCUCAAAGUGAAACAAUUUGUAAAUAUUGCGACAAAGAAUUUAACGAUGAGGACACUCUCGACAUUCAUAUUGAAAGCGACCAUCCUGGUGAUAAAAAGUACGUUUGUCCUCAUUGUUCGAGGGCCUUCAAAUGCAGAGCCACCCGACAAGAACAUAUUAACACGCACACAGGCGAGCGCCCCUAUAAAUGCCCGCAUUGCUCGAAAGGAUUUUCAAACUCAUCAAAUCUCGCCGUACACAUCCGGAUGCAUCUUCAAAUCAAAAACCAUUCCUGCUCAUUCUGUGGUAAACGAUUUGUAUCGAGUAGUGAAAAGAAACGUCACGAACGAACCCAUACUGGUGAAAAACUCCAUCAAUGCGAGGAGUGCGGGAAGCAGUAUGCAUCCCUGCAUAAGCUCAAUGAUCACCUGAAACGGCAUAAAAACAUCAAGAAUUUCAAAUGCGAUGUUUGCAGUAAGACAUUUUAUACAUUACACAUGCUUAAGGAUCAUAAAUCGGCACAUUCUUCGGAACGACCCUUCAGUUGUGAUAUUUGCGGUCAACGAUUCCCAAGACGAAGAGCAUUAAGGGUACACGAGCAACUCCAUUCCGAUGUUAAGAAAUACGUUUGUAAUACUUGCGGGAAGGCAUUUGCCCAAUGUGCUGGACUCUACUCACAUCGCAAGUCUCAUGGAGAAAUAAAAUAGUUUUAAUUUUAAGAAAUGUUAGGCUAAGCGAUGCAUGGUACAGAAAUGCAUAUCCUUGUUGAUAAA